GUUACACAUUAAGUUUUUCUAAAUCUAUUGUAUUGUCAUUUUCACCAUCAGCUUGGUGUGUCGACUAAAUGUAAAUUUCCUUUAAAAUCUUAUAUACAUAGCAAAACAACAGGCUAACUGUAAUUCAGUUACAAGACAUGGGGAUAAUAACAACGAUACGUAAGUUUGGAUUGGAAUACUGUGACUUGCCAACAAUGAUUUGGAACGUAGCCGUGAUGCUCAGACUAGCUAUACUCAACGUUGAUCCUCGGCAUAAAAAAGGUAUUCCUACUAUCUACUACAUAAUAGCACCUAUGGUCGUCUGUUGCUUCUGCUACGCAUAUUGCUUUUCGACCCUCUGGUUCGUGUUCGUGAGAAGCAGAGAGACUAAUGACAUGGUGGGCGCCAUGGUUGUGUUCUCCCUCUCUGUCUGUACCGAAAUAGGUCCUACUAAGCUCUUCUUUUUGAUUUUGAACAGGAACGAAAUUAAAAGCUUGGUUGGGAAAUGUCUCGAACUCAACUCCCUCUUAAUACCCGAUAGCCGCUUUCAUAAAAAUCUAUUGACACAAAUGAGGACGGUGAAGAAACGAUUCAUCUUCUAUGGGUCACUAAACAUAAUGAACGGAGUAGUAUAUUUCAUUCUGCCUCUUGUAACACCUGGACGACGCGCUUUAAAUGAAAGCUUCCCUUUCUAUGGUCUAGAGCCCGUUUUAGAAACACCAUAUUAUGAGAUCACAUACAUAGUUGCACUUAUAUCGUCAACAUACGUCCUGCACCUUACAAUAAAUAUAACUGGAUUGCUCAUCAUACUAACCGGUUACACUGAAUCCCAAAUGAUCGGCUUGAGCCUGGAGUUUCAAGAACUUUGGAACGAUGCUAACAAACAUUAUCAAGAGAUUACUUUAACUGACAAUUCUUCAGUAACAGUGAAUAAUGAGAACGUAAUAAAAAAUAAUUAUAUUAAAAGACAAUUGAACAAUAUGAUAAAAAUACACACAGAAAAUAUACAAAUUUUGCGUCAAACGGAACGCGCGUUCAGAGGUGCUCUAGCAGCUGAAUUCGUUCUUUUAAUACUAAGCCUGUUAGCUGAACUGCUUGGUGGCUUGGAGAACACAUAUAUACAAAUACCCUACGGUUUCGCUUUGGUAGGAAUGGAUUGUCUCGCGGGACAGAGAGUUUUGGAUGCCGGCUUAGCUCUUGAAGAGGCAGUUUAUGACAGUAAAUGGGAGAAUUUUAAUGCAGAAAAUAUGAAACUUGUGUGGAUGAUACUUCUGAAUGCUCAGAAACCAUUGAAAUUAUCGGCCGGGGGUCUUGCAACGUUAAAUUUGGGAAUAUUAAUGAGUUUUGCUCGAUCUGUAUAUUCUGCUUACACUGCUUUUAGUUCUCAUGUAUGAUUAAGUUUACUCAUCAUCAGAUACUGUUAUUGGUACUUACGAAUAUAUGUGUGGUGAGAUAAUAAUACUCACCAAUGUUUAUUAUAUAAAUAUAUUAACUUUUAUAAUAUAACUGAAUUUUUUAUUAGUUAAAAACAAGCAGACAAACUAACAUUUAUAUAUAUAUAUAUUUAUAUCAUGACGCUUGGUCACGGGACUCACUCGCAAGAUGCGCGCGCAGGUCGCGCAGGCGCUUUGUGAUUUUUGGCUGCGCGCGCAUACCGCGCACGGGCCAGUUUGUUAACUUGGACAAUAUAAAAGUUUAUUUGUUUUGUAGUAAAAUAAUUAUUGAUUUUUUAAAUUAUUGAUUAAAUUUAUUUACAAAAUGAACCCUACUAUCCAUUCUACAUAUGGAAUGUUAUAAAUUGUUAUAAUCUUUAUUAUCAACCUUAAGUUUAACAUUAGAUUAUAUAGAUAGAGUGUCUCCACACAAAUGCUUCGAGAAAAGUUCAAGUUUUUAGUAUAUUUUUGAGAAUUAAAUAAUUAUGAGUGUUUACUUUAUAACUUCUAUAUUUAUUUUGUUUUCAUAAUUUUUGCAUCUUUUUAAUGAGUAAAAACUUAUUUUAUUUAUUAAAUAAUUAAAUUUAGAGACGUCAAGAUACAUUGUGUGCGUAAAUAUAUGGAACACUGAUAAAAAUACAAGUUAGCUAAUUUGACAAUUAGCUGACAAAAAGUUGGCCCGUUUUCGAGUCUCGAUUCUCUAUCUAUGUAGUCUAAGAUUUUAACAUAAAUGUAGAUGAUAGAUGUAUAUUUUUUUAUUAUUUAUAUUAUAAAAAGAUUUCUUUUUUUAGAAUGUAAUAGUAAUAAAUAUUUUUCUGUAUUAUAUAAAUAAUGUAUAUUAUAUUAUCCUUAUAUUUUAAUUACUAUAUUAUUAACCUAAUUUGUUAAAAUAUUUAAAAUAGUAAGUGUCGUAUAUAUUAAAAAUAAAUAUUUUAUUUUUAAAAUAUCUUUGUACCUGUAUUUCUUACAAAUAAAAAUAUUUGAUAGAAUCAUUGGUUU